AUGCACCACAGCAUCUCUCUCACCACCAACUUUGUGAAAAAUUUCUUUCCUGGCAAUGGACUGACGAGUCAGCAACAGACAAGCAGCCAUGAUGCUCAAACAGCCUCGUCCGUACCGGAACAAAUUGCCCACGUACCUCUCGAGGAACAACAACAACAACAGAAUAUUUCAAACUCCUCAGUGAUGAAUCAUCAGCAACAAAAGGCUAUUGAUGUUGAGCCAUCAUCAUCAUCCAACACUCUCGAGUCGAACAAUAAUGCAUCGGAGAGAGUUCCUACUGCUGAAACUACACAAGUAUCAUCACCUGCAAAUUCACGAAGCGUGGAACAAACUCCAGAAGUAGUGGAGAACGUAAAGCCUAUUUCUGCAGAGGAAUUUAGAUUGGUCAAGUUUAAAUAUGAUCAAUUGAAGAAUCAACAAAACAGACUUUUGGAGCAUUUACAAGAUGCCAGAGUUGAACACUUACAAGAAGAAAUAGCAAAACUCGACAAAUUAAUUCCACAUCAUCGCACCAUUCAAUCCUACGGUUGUACAGCAGAAAAAUCUGCUUUGGUUCAAUGCCUUAAGAAUAAUGGUAAUGUGCCAUAUGGAACUCUUAAUUGUAGCAAUUUAUUGAACGAGUUCUCCAAAUGUGCCCAAGAAAAACGCAGAACAUUUUUGGGAAAUCAUGAUCUCUAA